AUACAACCUCAAGUGUUGUCUGCCAUAUUUGACUUGUAUCUGGAUGUAUGCUAUUCAAAGAUACAAAACAACUGUUUAUCGAAUUAUUACAAUACACACCACUGCUUUAAGUGAAAUAUUUCAUGUGAAUCAAGCAUACGAAUAAAGUAUUAAAAUUUGUCUCAGGUAUCCGUGAAGUGGAGGAGAUAGAUAUUGUCUCCCUGUUUCCAGUGGGCAUUAUCACAUUCCAUUCUGAAUAUGCGUAAUCUUCAAAUUUCUACUUAUGGAGGUAUAACUCGUUCCUGCCAACCAUUGAAACACUAUCGUAUAUUACUUUGGAAAGACUACCUUUUGCGUCGUCGAAGUUUCUGGCUUAUAAUAGCAGAAUUAUUUUUCUCGAUAGUAUUCAUCGCUACAGUCACUUCUAUUCGCAAUCGUCAUUCAGUUAAUCCGAAGUCAUCAUGUUUCAUUCAAAGUCAAAGUUUGACAAGCAUGGGGAUAUUGACUUAUAUGCAGUCUCUUAUCUGUAACUUUAACUAUACAUGUCAACAAAAAAACCCACAGAGUUUUGUUACGUUGAAUGGUUUCGCUCCUCUUAUAUACUUUCUUGAUAAUGUAACUCACUUGGUGGAUAAUCCAAUCUUCUUCAAAUGGUUAAGUCAGCCAGAUUCGUUUGCAGCAGAACAUAUCUUUGAUUGGAUGUCAAUUGGUGUAAAGUUGACACGUUUAAAAGCAUCAGCUGAUCAUUUAAAAGAAUGGUUAAAUGGAUAUGCUAUGCGAUUUGUAAAUAAUUCUGGUUUACAUUCAUUAAAGUAUGUAUCAGAGUUUAUUUGUGGCGCACCAGCAGAAGAAAAUGAUUUAGGCCAUUUUUUUCAGAAGGCACUUAACGAACUCACGGCUGAUGAUACUGAUGGUGGUGAUUCAAAUAAUAAUUAUAAUAAAAAUAAAAGGAUAUCUAAUCGUGUACCUAUCUUGAAUAAUUUACCUCAACAGUUAGAGGAACACGCUGGUAUGGAUGUUGAAUCGGCUGUUAAACUGCUUACGGAUAAACCAAAACAAACUGUUCAGCUUUGUCCAUUAAUCAAACAAAUAUUAAGCUCUUCACCAUUUCUUGUAACAUUUGGUCGUUUAAGAUACUUUUUAUUCGGCCAGUUAGCUUACUAUCCAUCGAAUCAAUUCACUGAUGAAGUUAUCCAAAAUAUGGGUGAAUACACGCGUAUGCUGAAUAGUACACGUCAAUGGACUACAACGUAUUUCACGGAUAUUCGUCCAAUGUUUACAAAUCUAUUCAGUAAUGAAUCAAACAUUAUGCGUACAGUACGUGAUCAUUUAACAGAAUGUUAUGCAAAUAAACAAAAAUUAUACUCUGAACAGAUUCAAAAUACUUGUUAUGCUAUAUUACAUAUGUUAAAUCCAAAUGAAACUAGUACCUAUGAAGGUUUAAAUAAAAAUUGGAAAAUGUUACUUGGUCUACUCGACUAUUUCAUUGCUUCAGCACGUGACCUACUGACCGACUGUUUUCAAAUUGAAAAGAAAUUCUUACCGUUCGAAAAUCGUGAAGAUUUUGACAAGUAUAUGUUUAAACAUCAAACUGAUCUAUUGACAUCGCCAAUUGGCUUAGUUUUCGACCAAAUCCCAAUGUAUUAUAACACGAAUAAUGAUCAUCACAGUCCUCAUCAGUAUUAUCCUAGUUUAGAGGCAAUUUCAAGUCUGCCUAGUGUUUUCUCUGUAUCCAUUCGUAAAGAUCCAUCCUAUUUAUAUCCAACAAGUAAUUAUAAAGUAAUGGAUGGCUAUGAUAUACCGAUACCACGUCGUAAUCCCCAGAAAGAAAUGAAAUACUUCACUAGUGGUUUUAUAGAUGUACAAGAACAAUUGACCAAGGCAUUAAUUCAAAUAACAUCAAAGCAUAUUGGUGCUACAAGUCUAUUCAACGAUCUAAUUCAUAAUGUUGGUAUUGAAAUGAAAAUGUUCCCCAGUCCACCGUAUGCAUUCGAUUCAUUAUUAGCAAAUAUUAUGCUAUUGUUACCACAAUUAAUGGUACUCACAUGGGUGUUAUCAGUUAUCUUAAGUGUUAAAUAUAUGGUUGAUGAAAAAGAAAGUCGAUUAGUAGAUUUUCUACAAACAUUCGGUAUUUCUUUAUCAAUCAAUUGGUUAGCUUGGAUAACAAUCUCAUUUAUAAUUAUGGCAUUUUUUUCAUUGCCAAUUGUAUUAAUUCUGAAAUAUGGAAAAAUUAUCCCAUUAACUGACAUGACAUUGAGUUAUUUUAUGAUAUUAAGUUAUACUGCAUCAUGCCUUGUAUAUUGUAUUCUGUUUACAGUUGUUUCUGUUCGUGCGACAAUUGCUUCAGUUGUCGCCGGUAUCACCUACUUUCUAUUGUUUAUGCCAGCAGCUGCUAUUCUCCGCUAUGAUGAAUUACCUAGUGAUAUAUGGUUGAUAGGAUUUUGUCUUAUUCCACAAGUUAGUCAUUCACUGAGUUGGGUAUUUUUAAAUCGUCUUGAAAUCCAGGGUUAUGGUGCCCAGUGGUCAAAUAUGUGGCAUACAGGAAAUUCGCAUAGUAUCUUUUCAUUAGGCACUACAAUAAUACUUCUAUGGAUUGGUACAAUAUUAAUGGGUAUUUUAGCCUUUUGGGGUGUACCAGCAAUGAAAAGAUAUUAUACAGUGUUUAUGCAUAAAUAUGUGUUGCAUGGUUUUUUAAAUCUAUCGUCAUCGUCGAAAAGUGUUAAAAAGCGAAGAAAGCGUAAACUUAGCAGUCUUGGAUUUUUCGAGGAGACAACAUCAUCGUCAUUAUCUACAGACAAUUCUCAAUUAUUGAUGAACAAUACUCAUAAUAAUAAUAAUCCAUUUAGAAAUGAAAGAGAAAGUUUACUGAAUCCACCGACAACAAUACAUGCCGGUAUGGGGAAUUCACACAGUGGAAUGAUGAUACCACCGCCAACUGUUGUUGUUGAUGGUCUAUGCAAGGUAUAUCAACCGUCUAAUCGUGUAGCACUGCAUAAUGUGAAUAUGAAUUUCUAUGAAGAUCAAAUCACUGUAAUAUUGGGACGUAAUGGAGCUGGUAAAACGACACUAUUAUCUAUUCUAGUUGGUAUUCUACAGCCUACAGAAGGUAAAAUAACUAUGCAUGGACAUGAAAUACAGAAAAAUUUAGGCAUAAUAAGAAAAUUAUUGGGUUAUUGUCCACAAUACAAUAUUCUCUAUGAUUCAUUAACAGUUGCUGAGCAUAUCUACCUGUUCGGUACACUGAAAGGAGUGAGUAGUUCUAGUCUAACGGAAAAAUUGAAUGAUUACCUCUCUAAACUUGGAUUGUCGGAUAAACGAAAUGAACUGGCUAGUCGAUUGUCUGGUGGUCAACGUAGAAAACUGUCAUUGUUCUUGGCAUUUCUAGGCCAAUCCUCUGUGAUACUUCUUGAUGAACCGACCGCAUCAUUGGAUCCAUUCUCAAGACGUGCUGUAUGGGAUUUGUUGAAAGCUUUGCGUAAAGGUCGUACAAUUAUUUUAAGUUCACAUCAUAUGUAUGAAAGUGAAUUGUUAGGUGAUCAAAUUUCAAUUAUUUCAAAAGGUACAGUAUUGUGUUCUGGUUCAAGCUUAUCAUUGAAAUCAGUUUAUGGUUCAGGGUAUCAUUUAUUGUUAGAAGUUGAUCCUUUAACAUUGAAUACAUCUACAGGGAAUAAUAAUAAUCAUAAUAUUAAUAAUAAUAAUGAAUCAUUGUCUACAGCUGGAUUGAUGAAAGUUAUACAAACUUAUGUGAAUGGUGCUCGUCUCUUACGUCAUAAUGCUAAUAAAUUAACAAUUUAUCUACCAACUAGUGAUGCAUUGACAGGGAAUUUUACAAAAUUAUUUCAACAAUUAGACAAUCAUGAAUUUUGUCAAAUGUAUCAUAUACAACAUUUUGAAAUCUCUGAUUCAUCUUUGGAGGAGGUGUUUCUCACAGUGACUGGUGAUAAUCAACCGCCUGAAAGUCCUACAGAUACUAUUAACUAUUCUAUUGAUCAUGAGAAUGGAUUUAGCAAUGUUGAAUUUCAAGCGUCUAUGAAACAAAGCGAUCGUAUCAAUGGCCACCAGCAACAUCAUCGUAAGAAUAGUUUCUCUCAUCGGAAUACUCCCUCAUCAAGAAAUAAUUUAUUUUGUAAAAAUAUGCUUAAAGCAAUGUUCUUCAAACGGUAUAUCUAUCUGAAACGUCAUAAAUUAUCAUGGAUUAUCGAGUUUGUAUUUCCAUGCAUAUUGAUUAUCACUGCGAUAGGAUUUCUACGCUUAUUUAAACCACCUGACAUUCAACCGCCAAUGGAUAUUAAUCAUUGGCUAUUGAAAAGUCAACAUAUCAAUGAAUUACUUCAUUUCUAUGCACAUGAUACUGAUGCAUCCUUAUCCAGUGGAAAGAAUCCUUUGCAAUCUUAUGUGGAAAUGUUGAAUAAUCCGCUAAGUUUAACUGGUACUGGUUGUAUUCCAUCCAGUUUGCAUAAAUUUCAACCAUCACUUAGUUCAAAUUGUUUAAUUCAAUCAAAUGGUCAAAUGAAAAUAGACAAAGCGUAUUAUUCAAAAGUUUGUCAAAUGUACUCAUCAGCGUCAAAAGAGUCAUGUCAUCCAUUAGCUACUGGAGAUGUAUUAUUGAAUUUAACUGGUGUUGAUAUUCCUUCUUAUAUACUUAAUCAUUCUAAAACAAUGAAUAAAGUUCUAUUUGGUGGAAUUGAAUUUCUUAAUGUUGAAAAAUUCGAACUGAAUGAUAUGCUUUAUAAUAUUUUCUCAAAACUUGGUAAUUAUUCCCAGGUGUUUAGUCAAUCGACUAGUUGGCAAGAAUUUCUCACUAGUCUACGACUUUUUUUACCUCCAUCAAAAAUGAUACGUAUAUGGUAUGAUAAUCGUGGUUAUGUAUCAGCAGCAGCGUAUUUAAAUCUUUUACAAAAUCUUCAAUAUCGUAUGAUUUUAAUGUCUACAGGAUCAGAGUCUAUGAGGAAUGGUGGCGCAGGCACAGGCGUUGGUGUUGGCCUCGGUCAUCCAACAAACUCUGGAAUUAUAAUCACUAAUCAUCCUUUACCUAAUCCAGAAAUAUCAGAAUUUACUCAGUUGAGUGAAAAUAUGAAGGCAGAUUAUUUGCUAUCCUUAUUUCUUGUCCUCUCGUUAUCUUUUAUUCCGGCUAGUUUUGUUAGCCUACUUGUCUAUGAACGUUUUAAUAAUUCAAAACAUUUACAAAAUUUAUCCGGUCUUUUGCCUUCAGUGUAUUGGUCAGCUAAUUUUAUUUAUGAUCUUACAAGUUAUUUAAUCUCUUCUUCCGUAUGCAUUCUAAUUCUUGUUAUUCAUGGAGAAUCGGCUUAUGUCCAGCCAGAAUCAAUUUAUCAAUUUAUUUUAACUAUCUAUCUAUAUGGUUGUGCUAUGAUUUCAUUAACCUAUGCUUCUAGCUUUAUAUUUAAAUAUCCGAGUACAGCAUUUGUAUUAGUGUGUGGAUUGAAUUUAGUCAUUGGGACUGUGACUACAUUUAUCUGCUUUUUUGUUGAAAUUCUCUCUUUAGGAGGGGAUAGUGAUUAUGCAAAGACUACACUGUUCGUGAGUAAUUGGUUUCGUAUUGCACCGCAUUAUUGUCUUAGUAGUAGUGUUUAUACAAUAGCUGUCAGAAAUUUUUUCACUAAAUCAGGUAUCCCGUAUAAACAGAAUGCAUCAUUAUGGAGUUUAUUAAGUGUGGAUAUGCUGUGCUUAUUAUUACAAUCAUUUUUAUUGUUUAUAUUUGUGCUAUUAUUGGAGAAACGUUUUUAUAUUACACAAUUAAUGCAUUGGAAGCGAAGAAGAUUUUCACGUGGAUCAGUUUAUAUCGAUUUAGAGUCAAGUAUACAAAAAACGAUGCAGAAUUCCUCUUCUGACUGUCCAUAUGCAAUUAAUGCUGAAUCAAUUGUUAAACAUUAUUGGUCACAGAAAAAGCCUACAGUGGAGCGUUUAAGUUUAACUGUACGACCAGGUGAAUGUUACGGUCUACUGGGUGUAAAUGGUGCUGGCAAGUCAACUACUUAUUCAAUGUUAACUGGACACUGUACACUAACACGUGGACAUGUUUACUUAAAUGGUUAUGAUAUAGAAUUAGAGUAUAAUAAAGCCUGUCAAAGUAUUGGCUAUUGUCCACAACAAGAUGCUUUAUGCGAAUUUAUGACUGUACGUGAAAUGCUGACAUUUUACAGUUAUCUAAGAUGUGAUAAUUCCCCGGGAGAGAAUGUCAAUCAUAAGCAUAUUGUUAAUAAAAUGAUCCGAUUGACUGGUUUACAAGAUUUUACUGAUCGAUUGAUUACAACACUAUCCGGUGGUAAUAAACGCAAACUGUCUACUGGGAUUGCAUUUAUCGGUAAUCCAAAUAUUAUCCUGUUAGAUGAACCAUCCACUGGUAUGGAUCCACAAGCAAAAUAUCUACUAUGGAAAAAUGUACAACAUGCUUUACAGCUGAAUUGUGCUGUCCUAUUAAGUUCACAUUGUAUGGAAGAAUGUGAACUAUUGUGUAAUCGUAUUGGUCUACUGGUCAAUGGACAAAUUCGAUGUACUGGUACACCAUUGGAAUUGAAAACACGUUAUGGUUUAGGCUAUCAAGUGGAUAUUGAAUUUACUCAAAAUGUACUAACACAAUUUAAUAAUAUUAAUGAAUUACACGCUCUAUUAAAUCAUUAUUUACCAGGUUUCCAGCUACGUUAUCCUUUGUUAGCUAGACAACAGUAUAAUGUUUGUAAAAAUCAACCCUUAUGGAAGUUGUUCAAUGCAUUAGCAGAAUUAAAUCAGAAGAAUUUAAUCAAUUAUAUUUCUAUUAGACAGUCUACACUUGAAGAUGUUUUUGUCAAUUUUAUACAUAUGUAUGAAAAAAAUGAACUAUUGGACGAUUGAACACACAACUUGAACAAGGAUAAAUAUAUAUAUAUUGAACACCAUUGAACAGACAAUACACUACCUGGCUUUCUAUGAUGGGAAAUACAAUUUGUUAUUUCAUAAAGAGGGGAAUUUAAAUAAGAGGAUGUAUCUACUUCUAUAUAUAUACAUAUAUAUAAUAUAAAUAUACCUUACAAUAAUUUCUUCAUUUGUUUGUUUUCAAUGUACUUUCAAUUAUCAAUGGUAAAUUGUAUACAAAUCAUUAUUGACUGCGGUGACAUGAACUCCCUGUGUGUUUAUUAUUAUUAUUAUUACUAUUAAUACUACUGCUAAUAUUGUAUUAAUAAUAGUACCUUAUUUGCCUCAUUGUAAUAUGAUUGAUUUAUUUUGGUUUUUUGUUGUUGUUGUUAUUGUUGAUAUUUUCCAUUUGUAAUUGAGCUUUCAAUCUAAAUUUUAUUUUGUUUUAUUAUUAUUAUUAUUAUCGGUAGUAGUAGUUUACUUACUGAACGAAAAGGAAACUAAUCGGGAAAUUUUGGGGAGGAUAAAUCCAAGUGUGUGUAAUCAAUAUUGUUACACUUUUGUCCUCCUUCCACAUCUAUCUACACUCUAACUUUCUCUCCCUGCCUCCCCCCCUCACAUAUAUAUAUAUAUUCACACACGAAGAUGUGUUGUAAUUAUUUUGAGGUGUUUUGUUUAUAUUUUUCUGAGUGGUAACACCAAUUACUAUUAUUAUUAUUCUUAUUAUCAUUAGAUGUGUAUUAUAAAUAUUUGUGCUUUGUACUCAAGAAGGUUGUUCAGUACUAAUUGUGUAUUGACUAUCUUUCCUUUUUUAUUUUGAAAUAAAGAUUAUUUUCUAUGGAG